UAACAAAUAAUCCUAAAUUUCUGCCAUGUUUUUGGGCAUGGAAACCUCCAUGAACAUACUCCACCCUAACUUAGUACUAUUUUUUCUUCGUACUUUCAUCUUUUUAUUACGUGCUUCGGCCGAGUCUUCUCUCGCCGAGCCUAGGGCGCCGGUAAAUUCCGUCCAAGCAAUAUUUGUGUUCGGUGACUCGACCUCCGACCCGGGGAACAAUAACUACAUAAGGACUCCGUUUAAGAGUGAUUUUGCACCUUAUGGAAGGGAUUUACCCGACCAUGUUGCUACGGGAAGGUUUAGUAAUGGAAGACUGAGUACGGAUUUUAUUGCAAGAUAUGUUGGAAUAAAAGAACUAGUUCCACCAUAUUUAAACUCGUCGCUUAGUAUAGAAGAGUUGAUGACUGGAGUUAGUUUUGCUUCUGCUGGUUCUGGAUAUGAUCCCCUUACACCAACACUAAGUGGAGUAAUUCCAAUGUCAAAACAAAUGGACAACUUCAUGCAGUAUAAAUCAAGAAUUGCGGGCACAAUUGGUCAAGAAAAGACCACUGAGUUGAUUAGUAAAUCAGUAUUCAUAGUAAGUGCAGGAACUAAUGAUUUUGUGGUGAACUACUUCACUGUACCAAUUCGGAAGAAGAUGUAUACUAUCCCUCAAUAUCAACACUUCUUGGUGCAAAACGUUCACCAAUUCAUCAAGAAUCUGUGGGACCAAGGAGCAAGGAAAAUAGCAGUUGUUGGAGUACCACCAAUGGGUUGCUUGCCAAUUGUGAUCACCAUGGCAUCAAACAACUCCAUCUCACGACGUGGCUGCAUUGAAUCUCUAUCGUCCGUUGCUACAGAUUAUAAUCAACUUCUGCAAGUCAACCUUAAGUCCUUGGAACUUAGCUUACAAGAUCAACACACCAAAAUUGCUUACAUUGACGUUUAUUCACCGUUGCAUGACAUGAUCCAGUUUGCUCGAAAUUCAAAUUACGGUUUCGAGCACGUAAACAGUGGGUGUUGCGGUACCGGUUAUCUAGAAACGGCAUUUAUGUGUAAUCCGGCUGCUUACGUAUGUAGUGACGCAUCUAAAUAUGUAUUUUGGGAUUCCAUUCACCCCACUGAAAUGACUUACUAUCUCAUCUUCAAAUCCCUUCGUUCAGUCAUUGAUUAUAUCAUUAAAGAUUGAUUAAUAUUAAUUAUUUGAUCGAUCAUUUUCUUUCCCU